AUGGGCCUUUCCGGCACAUAUAGCAUUUGCCAGCUCUAUUUAUUAGUUCUAAGAGGAAAUGCAACGGGGUCUAUUCAACCCACUUGGUGUGCGUUCGCAAGAGCGACAACAAGAACAUUUUACUAACUUAUAUUAGCACUUUAAAACCAGAAACUUUAGUCAAGAAAUCUAAGGCUCAACAAAAGACCGCCGAAGAACGUGCUGCCGCCAAGGUUGCCCGUCAAGCUGUAUGUAUAAAUAAUUUGUCACUAGAUGUUGUCAUAUCUUGUGUCUCAUAAAACCUCUUAAUUAUUUUUGAAGAUGAAAUCAACCAUACGAAUUUGACUAGCUACGGCAAUGUUGUCGAUCAAUUAACCAUCUUUCGGGACUGAGAAAAUAUUUAAUAACUUAUUUAUGACAAUCAAAGUUAAAUGGAAUAACAAUUACUAACAAUUCAUUAGUCUAACCAAGAAAAGCGUAAGAUCAUCUUCGACAGAGCUGCUGCUUACCAAAAGGAAUACACCGAUGCUGAACGUGCUGUCGUCAAGGCUAAGCGUGAUGCUAAGGCUGCUGGUUCUUACUACGUUGAUGCUCAACCAAAAUUAGUUUUCGUUGUCAGAAUCAAGGGUAUCAACAAGAUUGCUCCAAAGCCAAGAAAGGUUUUACAAUUAUUAAGAUUGACCCAAAUUAACGCUGGUGUUUUCGUCAGAUUAACCAAGGCCACUUCUGAAUUAUUGAAGUUAGCUGAGCCAUACAUUGCUUACGGUUACCCUAACUUAUCUACCAUCAGACACUUAAUCUACAAGAGAGGUCACGGUAAGAUUAACAAGCAAAGAAUCGCUUUAUCUGACAAUGCUAUCAUUGAAGCUAACUUAGGUAAGUACGGUAUCUUAUCUAUUGAAGAUUUAAUCCACGAAAUCUACACUGUUGGUCCAAACUUCAAGCAAGCUAACAACUUCUUAUGGCCAUUCAAGUUAUCUAAUCCAAACGGUGGUUUCAGAGCUAGAAAGUUCUUCCACUUUAUCCAAGGUGGUGACACCGGUAACAGAGAAGAAUUCAUUAACGCCUUAGUUAAGCAAAUGAACUAA